UUUGUGUGCGUCUGUGUUUGUGCUUGUGCGUAUGUAUGUCACAAAGUAAAACGAAAAACGGAAUUUCAUUUGUUCAAUUUCGAGUAACGUAACGCAAAAGGGAAAAAACAAAAUAAAGACAAAGUAAUUAUUGCAAUGUCCGGUGGCCCCUCAAUAACGCUCAAAAGUCAACCAAUCGAUGGCAGCAAUAGCGGAAAUGCAGCUGCUGGCCAACAGCAGCAGCAACAACCCGCAGCUAAUGGCAACAGUGGAGCAGGAGCAGGACCAGGAGGAGCAGCAGCAGGAGGUGCUGGAGGAGUUGGCCAAAUCCAGGCGAAUGGUCAUGUAACGGGUGGUGCGGCCGGCGGAAGUGCCCCCCAAGAGGGUACACGUCAAAACAGCCUGCAACGCAUUCAGCAGCGAAAGCAAAAGGUUUUCAGUCUACCCAUACGCCAAAAGUUGGCCAAGCUAGCCAUGUAUUCGGCCUGUCAAUCGGACAACUGCCGUUGCACGGGUUGGAAGACACCGCAAGAGAACAGGCAUCGCGAUGUCGAGUCCUCCUACUGUCCGGAAUUCAGUGAGGAGUGCCGCAACGCGAGUUGCCGCCACCCGCUAAGAUCGCACAUUGCCCAUUUGGAUGGCAUAUCCAGCUCGAAUAUGGACGAACUAUUGGGUGCAAUUAUCGAUAUGGAGAAUCUGUUCAUGUCCAUGCAACGGGUAGAGGACGAAGAUACCAAGAAGGUAUAUUUGUACUUGUUCCGAUUAUUGCGCCAAUGCGUUCUGACGCGCCAGCAGGCUGUCAUUCGGGGACCUUUGGGCGAUCCACCAUUCGAAUCGCCGUGCAUUACCAAGGCGGUUUUGUCUUUGGUCUUCUACAAGUACAAUCAUUUGAAUCAAUCCGAACUCCAAACCAUGACCGAGGUGGCCAAAACUUUUCUCAAUUUCCUCAAUCAUUACAAUUUCGAGUCCCCAUCGGCCCGUCGUGGGGAUCUGAAUCAUGAAGAUGCCUCCAACUAUAAGAUUAACUACACCCGUUGGCUGGUCUUCUGCCAUGUACCGGCAUUUUGCAAUUCCCUGCGUCAAUUCGAGACAUCGCUAGUCUUUGGACGGACCCUAUUGCGGACUGUCUUCCAGUACAUGUCGCAGCAGCUGAAGAAGAAAUGCAUCUCCGAACGUGAUCGUUUUCCGGAGGACAAGCGUUCGAUUAUCACACUAAUGCCCAAAUUCUUGGAGACCUUGAGGGCUGAGCUGUUGAAGGAUGAUUCACCCAUUUGGGAUGCCAGCUAUAGGCCGCCAAAUUCAUUUGUCAUCCAACAAAGAAAGCGGCAUCAGCAGCAGGAGAUAAACGCUGGGAAUCCGCCUGGCAGUGGAUCAGCAGCAACUCAUGGACUGAGCAGUGGCAGCAAACGGACAAGUGUCACAGGCGAACCGCUGCAUAAGAGGGCCAAAAAGGAGACAAUUGAACGAUGUAGCAGCGAGAGCAUGGAAGAUCUGCCCACCGAUGUGGUUAUGCGUGCAAUGAAAUCCGUAUCCGAAUCCAAGACGACCAACAAAGCGGAAAUUCUAUUUCCGCAGAAUGUCUCACGGGAUGAAAAUGUUAAAGCCGAGGAGCAAAAGCGUGCCAUUGAAUUCCAUGUGGUGGGCAAUUCGCUGGCCAAGCCUGUGGAUAAGCAGACGAUACUUUGGCUCCUUGGACUCCAAUUGGUCUUUGCCUAUCAGUUGCCCGAAAUGCCGCGUGAAUAUAUCAGUCAAUUGGUGUUCGAUACCAAACACAAGACAUUGGCCUUAAUCAAAGAGAACCAGCCAAUUGGUGGCAUUUGCUUUAGGCCAUUCCCAUCGCAGAGCUUCACCGAAAUCGUCUUCUGUGCUGUGACCAUGGCCGAGCAGGUUAAAGGUUAUGGCACCCAUUUAAUGAAUCACCUUAAGGAUUAUAGUAUUCAGCGGGGCAUUAAGCAUUUGCUGACAUUUGCCGAUUGCGAUGCCAUCGGUUACUUUAAGAAGCAGGGUUUCUCCAAGGACAUCAAACUGGCCCGUCCCGUCUAUGCCGGUUUCAUUAAAGAGUACGAUAGCGCCACUUUGAUGCAUUGUGAAUUGCAUCCCAGCAUAGUCAACACGCAGUUUAUAGCAGUCAUUCGGAAACAGAGUGAAAUCCUUAAAGAAUUGAUUGCCCAACGACAUAGUGAGGUUCAAAAGGUACGCACUGGUUUAACCUGUUUCAAGGAGGGUCUACCAUCCAUACCGGUUGAAUCGAUACCCGGUUUGAGGGAAAUCGGCUGGAAACCACAAAUGCGUCCAGCUCGCUCAUCGCGUCCUCUAGAAGAAUCCACGGAUCCCGAGAAAUUGGCCACAUCGUUUGCAUCUGUAUUACAAUCAGUGCGUCAACAUACCACUGCCUGGCCAUUCCUACGUCCGGUGACGGCCGCCGAAGUUCCCGACUAUUAUGAUCACAUCAAAUAUCCAAUGGAUCUAAAGACAAUGGGUGAACGUCUCAAGAAGGGCUACUAUCAGACACGUCGACUCUUUAUGGCCGAUAUGGCACGCAUAUUCUCCAAUUGCCGGUUCUAUAAUUCACCCGAUACUGAAUAUUAUCGAUGUGCCAAUUCGCUAGAGCGUUACUUUCAGACCAAAAUGCGGGAAUUGGGUCUUUGGGAUAAAUGAUGCAAUGAUGAUGAUUCGAUGACUGACGAUGAAGACGAUCAACAGCAGCAACAACAACACAAUCAUAUAUGAUCGAUGUUUACGGAUUCCUGUCGAAUCCCUCAAACCUAAUUUAUUAUUAAAUUUAAACCAUCGCAGCAUAUUAAUGUACAUACACUUAAGUCCUUCUCCAUACUCGAUGUAUAUAGACACACACACAUACACACAAGGCAUACACACACCACAUUAACUUUCACAAACAUCAACAUUAACACAUCAUAUGCAUAUGUAGAUAUAUAUCAAUACACAUUACACAUACAAAAAUGUUAACAUACAGACUUACCUGUAUUAAUUUCGAAAUGAAAUGUAAAAAAAACAAGCACACACACACAGAGAGAUAGAUGCAUGGUGCAGGAUAAUUGAAUGUAAAUCGAUAUAAAUUGUACGGCUUUAAACAAAUAUUUGAUAUGAACGUCCUCCCAAUCUCUUCCUAUUUGGUGAUGAUGUUGGUCGGAUAUAUGAAUUUUGUGGAUUCCAUUGUCUAAAAUGGUAUGGUAUCGAUAAGUUUUGUAUUUAAUAUAUAUAAGCACAAUUAUUUUCCCUCCCUCCCUCAAUGAGAACAACAAUGCAACGAUCGGUCGGCGUGGUAUAGACUUAUUUUAGGCUCUAAAAGUGAGAGAGACAGCGAGACUUGAAAUUAAAUAUUUUCAUCUCUUUCGAAACGACUCGAAUAUGAGCUGAUUCUCUACCCAUUGUUGAAAUAAUUUGAAUAAUUAUUAAAUACUUCUGAACAAUUUCCAAACGAUUUCCCUGUUAAAAAAACUUCUUGUCCGAUUCGCAACAAACUUGAUUAACUUGCAAUCUUUGAAAAUAUGAUGUUCCAUUUUGGACCGAUCGUUUUCCUUUAUGUAUUAUGGCUAUAUAAAUUACAGGCAAAUGUUGAUGCUGGAUAAGUAAAAUACAAUAUGAAAAUAAAAAAAUAACAAGUUAUGAAUCAAUGUUCUCAAUUAAUCAAGGAGAUAUGCAUACAUACCUACCUAUAUAUUAUAUAUAUAUAUAUUAAAUAGUUGUAGCUAUUAAGGCAAAUCCGACAGUAGUUGUUAAUUAAAAAUGCUGUUAAUAAAUAAUAAUAAUAAUUGUAACGGAAAACAAACGAUAAAUAUUUUGCAUAAACUUUUCGACACAACACAUUUUUAUCUUA